AAGUGCUCAAGUCGCAGUCGCCAUUUUGUCGGGUAGUCAAAAGGAUUGUCGUGUCUCUCUCUCUUAACUCGGGUAUUUUGUCCGUAUUUUUCUUUCGGACGGAACGAUACUGCCGGUAGAUACGGAUAAGCGCAGUUCCGCCCGGUACGUCACACCCGCAAAUGGCCUGUCUGAACACUCUCAAGCAGGAAAUCAAAACGCUCGAAUCCGUCUUCCCCAAGAGCCAUGAGAGGUUUCAGAUAAUGUCUGCGAGCGUGGAUGAGCUCAGUUGCAGAUUUGUCGGUAAAAAUGGGAAGAAAUACGAAAUACACGCCAAUAUUACAGAAACCUAUCCUUCAACACCACCAGUCUGGUUUGCUGAAUCCGAAGAGACUAGUGUUACAAAUGCUGUACAAAUUUUAAGUAACACGACUGGCCGCGACAACCAUGUAAUCAAUCAAGUUGGAAUUCUCUUGAAGGAAUUAUGCAGACUACACUCGUUACCAGAACCACCGGAUGUUGAAAGACUGAGAACUGCUUUGGACCCCUUGCGUUUGGGAGGACCAAAUGAAGCUGUCGCGCAAAGGAUGGACGCGGAAGAUAUAGAUGAUAUUGAUGAGGAUGAAGAGAGCGAGACUGAGGAGGACCUUCACUUGGAUAUGGACGAAGGAGAUGCUAAUGCAAAGAGUAAGAGUGAAGAGAUGGACUUAGAACAUCUUGCGACAUUGGAGAGGUUGAGACAAAAUCAGAGACAAGACUAUUUAAAAGGAUCUGUUUGUGGGAGUGUGCAAGCCACUGAUAGACUCAUGAAAGAACUACGUGAUAUAUAUCGAAGUGACAGCUUUAAAAAAGGAAUGUAUAGUAUAGAACUAGUAAAUGACAGUUUGUACGAAUGGAAUAUUAGGUUGAUGUGUGUAGAUCCCGAUUCACCACUUCAUAGCGAUCUCAUCCUUCUGAAAGAGAAAGAGGGCAAAGACAGUAUUCUUCUCAACAUGCUUUUUAAAGAAACUUAUCCGUUCGAACCUCCAUUUGUAAGAGUUGUACAUCCCAUCAUUUCUGGUGGUUAUGUUCUUGUGGGAGGUGCCAUUUGUAUGGAACUACUCACGAAACAGGGAUGGAGUUCGGCAUACACGGUGGAAGCUGUUAUAAUGCAGAUUUCCGCGACAUUAGUGAAAGGGAAAGCACGUAUACAGUUCCAGGGAUCUGGCGGUGCUGGUAAAGUGUGUGGAGGACAAGGCCAAUACAGUUUGGCACGUGCCCAACAGUCAUUUAAAUCUCUUGUACAAAUACAUGAAAAAAAUGGUUGGUUCACACCCCCGAAGGAGGACGGCUAAUAAACAGCGAUUACGAAAUACCGAAAAUACGACACAUGCUUACAGCUGAGACUUUAAUUCGGUGUGUGCCCAACAAAUAAUUGUUAAUGAUUUGAUACACAGACACAACAGUAACUAGGUAACUUAAGAUACUGAAUCAAUCUAACGUAUAAUUCCUUUAAUGGCUAAAAAAGGCUGCCGCAUACUUUGGUUCCGUAUCCAUAUAUUUUCGAUCAUUAGCAGUUAGGUCGCGAAUUGUAUUGGUAAAUAUAAGAUAUCAUUUCACUUAGAAUUGAUUUUUAUGUUUUGAGAUAUCCGAUCAUUACUAUAUUAUUAUAACAUAGUAAUUUUUGGUAUUUCUUGCGACGAUACAUAUGUGCGAAACAGUAUAAAUGUUCUGAAAAAUGCGUUUGCGCAAUCGUGCUUCCUGUCUUUUUAACGGGAGGAGAUUAUGAUAGCAUUUUAGAUUAAUAUAAUACUGAAGAGAUUUUUAAGUUUUUCUUUUAUCGUCUUAUCAACGUAAGAAUAUUGCAUUCUUUAUCUCUUAUAAAACAAUGAUUAUUCUCUGUGCAAUUCAAUAACAAGGCUAUGUUUCUUUGUUUAUGUACUCUGACAUUAUGAGUAAACGAAUAACGAGUAGCAGAAAUGCAUCUCUUUAAAGAAAUUGUGGAUAUCACUGUUGUCCUUGAAAUCCUUUGUCACAGAUAUUUCACAAGUGAUAUCCAAAUUAUGCGAGCGCACAACCAAAGCAUUUCUCGACAAACUAUUUAGGAAAAAAAAAAAAAAAAAAAAAACGACAAAA